AUGACCCCCAUGGCUACGGACGUCCCGGGGAUCCCCCGCCAUCGGCAUCAAGCGGUUAAACGCCCCUUGCCUGUCCAACGACUUUUGUCCCUCAUGAACCACGCUGCAGAGCAACCAGGCCAUGUCAUACAUUCGAUCUGGUUGUUUACGUAUAGCGACCUCAAGACCAUCAUUGCCACCAGCUUUGGAUUUGGUCUACUCACUUCAAUGGGGGCGGCAUCCUUCGGGAUUGACCCUGCACCUGCAUGGUCCUUUUGCUUUCAGCGAGUGCCUCUCGUCCUGCUGUGGGCGUGGCUGAACCUUCUACCGUUUACGAUCGACAAUCAGCGCCAACCAGAUGCUAUCAUGGAAGAUUCGAUCAACAAACCGUGGCGAACCAUGCCUUCCAAACGCAUGACGCCGGAACAUGCCCAGGUGGUGAUGUUCAUUUUCUACGCACUCGCAUUGGUUACCAGUAUCCGGUUUGGCGGACUCGCCCAGUGCAUAACGCUCAUCGGACUUGGUUUCUGGUACAACGAUGCGAGGGGUGCAGAUUUUAGUUGCAUUAUACGCAAUCUCAUUAACGGACUGGGCUUCAUGUGCUACACUUCGGGCGCGGUGCAGCUGGAGCUAGGCCCAUCCCAGUGGCAAUCUUUCAUCCGGCCAGAUGGACUGGGUCUGCCAUGGCUGGCCAUCAUUGGCUUGAUCGUCUUCACCACCGUCCACACCCAGGAUCUCUAUGACCAGGCUGGAGACAGUGCUCGUGGCCGGAAGACUCUGCCUCUAGUGAUUGGUGACGCUAACGCACGCUGGGUGACAGCUGCAUUCAUGUUGUUUUGGGGCAUCGUUAGCCCAUGUUAUUGGGGGUGGCUGCAGACUGGCCAGAGCGGGGUCCUGUUCUGGAGCGGGGCCUACAUGGCAGCCCUUGCAUGCAUCAUCGCCGGUCGUACUCUGAUGCUGCGCUCCGUCCCCGCUGACAAGACCACUUUCUUGCUAUGGAAUUUGUGGUUGGUCAGUCAAUACGCGUUACCGCUGUGCGCUGGUCUCGGACGAGCAGGUGGGGUGUGA